AAUUGAAGAAAAGAAUAAAAAAAUAAAAGAACUGAAUAAUGAUAUAAAAAAGUUACAAGAUGAAAUAUUAGUAUAUAAAAAACAAAGUAAUGCACAACAAGUAGAUCAUAAAAAGAAAAGUUGGAUUCUUAUUAAAGAUAAAUCUAAAGAGAAAUUAAAAGAUAAAGAAAAUCAAAUAAAUGUAGAAAAAAAUGAAGAAAAGGAUUUAAAAAAAAAAGAUGAUGAAAUAAAAAUUUUAAAUGAAGAAAUUGUAAAAUAUAAAACAAUUUUAUGUAAUUUAAAAAAAGAUCCAUUAUUACAAAAUCAAGAUUUAUUAUCAAAAAUUGAUAUAAAUUCUUUUACAAUAAAUGAAGGAAUGUGUAUAGAUAAAAUAGAAGAACAGAUUUUGGAUUAUGAUGAAGAAAUAAAUAAAAGCAAAUCUAAUUUAGUUCAACUAAAAAAUGAAAUAUGUUCUUUAACUACUGAGCUUAUGGAACUUAAUAAUAAGAAAAAUGAAUUAAUUGAAGAAAAUAAUAAAUUAAAUUUAGUCGAUCAAGGAAAGAAGAAAUUAAAAAAGGAUGUGGAAAAACAAAAAAAAGAAAUAGAAAAAUUAAAUAAACAAUUAACAAAAUGUAAUAAACAAAUAGAUGAAUUAAAUGAAGAAGUGGAAAAAUUAAAUAAUGAAAAUAUUGAAUUAAUUACAUAUUCAAAUGAUUUGAAUAACAAAUUUGAUAUGAAAGAAAAUAAUCUUAUGAUGAAAUUAGAUGAAAAUGAAGAUAAUAUAAAGAAAAUGAAAAGUAAAAUUGAUGAUAUGGAAAAAGAAAUAAAAUAUAGAGAAGAUGAGAAAAAAAGAAAUUUAAAUGAAAUUAAUAAUUUAAAGAAAAAGAAUGAAGAUAUGUGUAUUAAAUAUAAUGAAAUGAAUAUUAAGUAUGGAGAUAUUUGUGUAAAAUAUGAAGAAAUGUCACUUACAUAUAAAGAAACAUCUCUUAAAUAUGAGCAAAUUAAGGUGAAAUAUGAUGAAAAGUGUUCUCAAUAUGAUGAAAAGUGUUCUCAAUAUGAUGAGAAAUGUUUCCAAUAUGACGAAAAAUGUUCUCAAUAUGAUGAGAUACAUAAGAAAUAUGGUCCUUUAUUAAAUACAAAUAUUAGUAAUAAAAUUGUUGAUUCAAAAUUGGAUAGAAAUAAUAAUGAAAUAAUUUCAGUAGAUAAUAAAAUAGAAGGAAUUGCGAAUUAUUUAAAACAAAUAUUUGAAUUAAAUGAAGAGAUCAUACGAUUAAAAGGAGAAAUAAAUAAAAUUAGCUUAUUAUAUAGUAAUGAAUUAAAUGAGAAAAAUAGUUAUGAUAUAAACAUGAAACAGAUACAAGAACAGUUAAUUUUUUUGGAAAAGACAAAUAAAGAAAAUGAAGAAAAAAUAAUUAAUUUGACUAGUCAAUAUUCUGAUGGAUACAAGAAUAAGAGUGAUGAAUCUAAAUUAUGUGUUGCACAAUUUGUUGAUAAUGUUAAUAUAUAUGGAAAUAUAUCCAAUAAUAAUAUAAGAACAAAUGAAUAUAAAUAUGAAGAGAUGUUUGUUACGAAUAUAGAAGAGAAGAAUGGUAUGCAUUUAUCAAAGUAUAUUCAUCUAUUAGAAGAAAAUAAAUUUCGAUGUAUGAAAAUAAUUUAUGAAAAUGAAAAUAUAAAAAGUAGUAAUAAAAUAAUUGGAUUGUAUAAUUAUUCAAGGUAUUACGGGUUAAGAGAAGAUUUGUGUAAAGAAGAAAACGUUCCUUCGAAAAUAGGAAAUAUAUCUAAUAAAAAUGAAAAUAAUAAUAAGAACAACAACAAUUGUGAUGGUUAUGUUGGUGGUGGUGAUGUUUGUGGUAAUGCUCGUGGUGGUGAUGUUCGUGGUAAUGCUCGUGGUAAUGCUCGUGGUAAUGCUCGUGGUGAUGCUCGUGGUGGUGAUGUUCAUGGCGAUACUCAUGGUGAUGGUUAUGAUGAGAAGGUUACAAUAGUUUUAUGCAUUAUAUUAAAUGAAAUAAUAAAAUUUUUAUUUUUAAAUGACGAAUAUGUAUUAUUAUUUGAAAAGAUUCAUAAAAAUGUUUGGAAACGAAUGUAUAUCCCAGAAGAAAUAAAAUUUUUUAUUCUAAAAUAUAUUACCCUGUUAAAUAACUUGAGAGAUUAUAUAAUAAGUGUACAUAAUAAUAUGAAAAAUGAAAAAUAUGAUGAAUGUUGGUUUUUAUUUCAACAUUAUUUUGAAAGAUCGAGUGAUGUAAGAAAAGAGAUGGUUCAUUUCUUAUUAGAAAGAAAGAGUCAAGAAAAUUUAAUAUCUUUUAAAAGUAAAUUAAAAAGUAAAAAAGAAAAAAUGUUAACAAUGGACAUAUUGAAUUUUAGUAAAGAACAUAUGCAAUUAAAAACUAUAGCUCAUCUAAGAAAAGAAAUAAAUUAUGAAAAACUUUCUAAGGAUACCUUAAAUAGAGAUUAUAAUUUAUUAUUAUAUAAAUAUCAAGAAUGUGUAAGUAAAUUAAAAAGGGUAAAAAAUUUAAUGAAAGAAAUAAAUCAAAAUGUAUUUAUAGAAAAAUAUGAUGAUAUAAGUAAAGAAUUAGAUAAUUUUUCAGAUGGAUAUAAUGAACAAAAUGAACAACAUGUAAUGGAUCCUAUUUUAUUAAAUAAUAAUAAAAACAAAAAUAACAAAUUGAUAACUGAACAGAAUCCUAUAAUUAAUAGGUUAACUAAUUUUACACAAAAUAGACAUUCAAAAUAUAAAAAUAAAAUAAUGGAUGAAGUAAAACAAAGAAAAAUAAAUAAUACAAUGAAUAAUACAAAUAAAAAUAGUAUUAAUAUUCUAUAUAAUCAUUAUGAAAAUUUAAAUAAACCAAACUAUAAUGAUAAUAUAAAUAGAUUAAAUUCAUAUCAUCAAAAUGUACAUAUUGCAAAUUCAAUUCAUCAUAGUAGAAAUCAAAAUAAAAGUUUUCUUACGAAUCAAGCAAAUAGUACAUAUAGUGUUAUGAAAAAUUAUAUAAAUUCAGAGAAACCAAAUUUAAAUGGAAAAAAGAGUGUAAGAAAUAUUUUUAAUGAAAUUGUCGAUGAUAAUGUAAAUAAAACGUUUGUUCAUAAAAGUGUAUUUUUUUAA